CAGUUGUUGUCGAAGUCGCUCGUUCUCCUCUCUCGUUCGGGAAAGUUCCUCCUCGUACGAAGCUAUAGUUCUUUCAAACUGCGCCAGUAUCUCCUCAGCCGCCGCCAUCAGUCGCUCCCUCACCAACUUUUUCAGCAUUUUCAGCGUCAAGUCUUGCAGCUAUCAGCCAAAACGCUCGCGGCGGAAUUGUACCGGAAACACAAUCCGUUCUGCGCAUGUGAAUAGCGCGACUACGACGCUGCAUCGAGUGGGCUUGUCCACCGCUGCGGUACGUCAGUGUCGCCGCCAUAUUGGAUGUGUCGAGGCUGCGCUGUCAAUCACCUACACAUCACUACUAUUUGUCGGCGACCAAGAUGGCGGCGCUGAGAAGCUUUCCGGAGCAAGUUUCAAAUUGACGAGGAAACAAACUCACGGGAAACGAAUACCGCCGAAGAUUGGUCUUUUCUUACGCCCGCGAAGCGGAAGUUGAGUGUGGAGCAUUGGAGUGAGGAUUGAAGAUAGAGGAGGGAGCGCUGCUGUGCUAAGAUGGCGACGUCCAGUCGAAGACAAUCAGCGCCACCAACUCCCAGCAAAUUAUCAACGGAGACAAAACCCCAAACUGCAGAUAACGAUGUCCAGCAGCUGAUUAGUCGUCCAGAAGAACGUCCCCCUCACCCGCAAGAGGACCCCCAGCCACCCAAUGUCAAAGACGAAGAGGAGGACCUGUGGACCACUCAGGAGGGAGAGUGUCUACCUGGGCGGGAGGAGGCUGAUCUCACCGACGUGCCACCGACUGGUGUCUCUGUGAAGACUGAAGACCAUGAAUACAAGCCACCCGAGUCCCUGCGAUGCUUGUGUCCUUCAGACGUCCAGCAGAUGGUUGGUCCUCAACUACAGGGGGUCAGCUCCACUUUGAAGCAGGAGGACCCCCAGCCCCCCCACAUCAAAGACGAAGAGGAGGAACUGUGGACCACUCAGGAGGGAGAGUGUCUUCCAGGGCGGGAGGAGCCUGAUCUUACUGAGGUGCCACCGACUGGUGUCUCUGUGAAGACUGAAGACCAUGAAGACAAGCCACCCGAGUCCUCACAGCUUCGUCACAGUCACAGUGAGGAGAACAGAGGGGCGGAGCCUCCAAGCAGCAGCAGCCCACCACAACAAAUGAAAACGGAAUCUGAUGGAGACCACUGUGGAGGAUCACAAGGAGACAACCUCUUAGCUCCACUAUCAGAUAGUGAUGACACAACAUCACACUCUCCUGACGAGGAAGAAGCUUCGAGCAGCGAUACAGACGGCGAAGGUGAUAGGAGGACUCACGCUGACAACAAACACUCUGGAUGCUCUAAAAAGAAGACGGGUAAAAAACAUUUCACCUGUUCAGUUUGUGCGAAAAGAUUUGCUUUUAAGUGCUACUUGACCCAACACAUGCGGACACACACAGGUGAAAAACCUUUUGGUUGUUAUGUUUGUGGUCAAAGAUUCACUCAAAAGUCAUACAUGGAGUCACACGUGACAGUGCACACGGGAAAAAAACCCUUCAGUUGCUCAGUUUGUGGUAAAAGCUAUUCUCACAAAAACAGUUUUGCUUAUCACAUGCUGAAACACUCAGAAAAACCUUUUGGUUGUUCUGUUUGUAGUCAAAGGUUCCCCCUAAAAUCCCAAAUGGUAUCGCAUAUGACAAAGCACACAGGAGAACACCCCUUUGGUUGCUCAGUCUGUGGUAAAAACUUCUGUUCCAAACAGUAUUUGACGUUUCACAUGAUGAAACACACAGGAGAAAUACCCUUUGGUUGCUCCGUGUGUGGUCAACGAUUCCCCCAGAAGUCAGUACUGGUAGCACACAUGAGAAAGCACACAGGAGAAAAACCCUUCGGUUGCUCAGUUUGUGGUAAAAACUUUCCUUACAAAUCCAGUUUGAUUUAUCACAUGCGGAAGCACACAGGGGAAACACCUUUUGGGUGUUCAGUUUGUGGGAAAAGGUUCCUUCUAAACUCACAACUAGCUUCACACAUGAGGAAGCACACAGGAGAAAGCCCCUUUGGUUGCUCAGUUUGUGGUAAAAACUUUUGCUCCAAACAAUAUUUGACUUUUCACAUGCUGAAACACACAGGAGAAAAACCUUUUGGCUGUUCUGUUUGUGGUCAAAGAUUUACUCGAAAGUCAUUUCUGGUGUCACACGUGAGGACGCACACUGGAGAAAAACCCUUUGGUUGCUCAGUUUGUGGUAAAAACUAUUUUUCCAAACCCAGUUUGACUUAUCACAUGCGGAAGCACACAGGAGAGCAAAGUUUCACUGAGAGGCAAGCAAGCAUAUACCGCUCUAAAGCUUGUCCAGAAGGGUUGGGGGCAGCCCCAGAUAGUGGGCCGAAAUAUUAUUGGAACCAGAAAGGCUUUGAAUGGUCUUUCUGACAAUCAUAGAUAACCAAUGCAGUCAAUAUCAACUACGUAUCGAAAACAGAAACCAUCCUAGCAAAUCAAUAUCGAGGCGAAACUUCAUGAAAAAUAAUGACGUGGGAAUGAACUUGGUAGAUGACUGUGGAUGACUAGAAAGGAUUGCUAGGGCGCGUUUACAGCGGUUAAUUGGUUCCAGACCUGACCGUAAAAAGUGAAUUUCCACAAGGUAGGAUUCCUUCUUGACUAAUGGAAUAUUUUCGUAGUUAGGGCAAGAAAACCUGUCAACGACCUUCUAAAUGCGUUUUUUAACAUUAGACAUGAAAUGAGGCCCACAUAGUCACCUUUAUAUUUGUAUUACCCAGUGUAAUAUUAUAUAUACCUGUAUAAAAUAUCAUCGGUGAAAAGAAACCAUUUAAGAAUGGGUGGUGGACAGGAAGUGAUGCCAAGGCGUCAGAGUUUGCUUUUUAGCUUAUUAUUUUUUAUUAUGUUCUUAUCCUUGUGCCUGUUUAAGCAUGCAAUAAAAGCCUGUUGCUCCAGCCAUCAAGUCUGGUGCUUGUCUCACCAAACCAUUACUAACACCUGGUGGCCAAUGUGCUUCUACUCCACGUCUCUCCCGGAUGACAGUGCUUGUCACCUUAUCUCUAAGGACAGCCCAGCCACACUACGGAGAAAACACAUUUCAGCCUUGAUCUUGUCCUUUCGGUCACGACCCAAAGCUGAUGACCAUGGGCGAGGGUAGGAACCUACAUGGACCCUUUUCACCACAACAGACUGAUGCAGAGCCCACAUCACUGCAGUCGCCGCACCGAUCCGAUUGUCCAUCUCGCAGUUCCAUCAUUCCCUCACUCGUGAACAAGACCCCGAGGUACUUCAACUCCUCCACUUGGGGCAGGAUCUCAUCCCCAACCCGAGGUGACACUCCACCCUUUUCCAGGCGAGAACCGGACUCGGACUUGGAGGUGCUGAUUCUCACACUCGGCUGCGGACCGAUCCAGUGAGAGUUGACGGUCACGGUUCGAUGGAGCCAGCAGGACCACAUCAUCUGCAAAAAGCUGAGACCCAGUCCGGCGGCCACCAAACCGGAAGCCCUCAACGCCCUGGCUGCGCCGGGAAAUUCUGUCCGUAAAAGUCCUGAACAGAAUCAGUGACAAAGGGCAUCCCUGGCGGAGUCCAACCCUCACUGGAAACGGGUCCGACUUAUUGUCGGCAAUGCGACCCAAACUCUGACACCGGUCAUACAGGGAACGAACAGCCUGAAUUAGGUGGUCCGGUUCCCCAUAUUCCCUGAGUACUCCCCACGGAAUUCCUGAAGUAACACGGUGGAAUGCCUUCUCCGAGUCCACAAAACACAUGUAGGCCGGUUGGGCAAACUCUCAUGCAUCCUGGCUGGCCACCAGUCCAGGGUGUACCCCGCCUCUCGCCAAAGUAAGCUGGGAUAGGCUCCAGCAUACCCCUGUGACCCUAGUGAGGAUAAGGAGCACAGAAGAUGGAUGGAUGGAUAAUUAGUUGAUAAAAGAUUGCUGUUUUGUGCUUAAAUGUGGUCUAUUAUUAGUAGAAAACAAACAUGUAGGCACAUUGUACAUAUUCAUGGUGUAAAUGAAACAUUUCCAAGCAUAAAAAUGGCUAAAUGAAGGAAAAUACAAAUAUAAUGCAUUCAGACGGAGUGGUCAGGGUGUCAUACAGCAGUGGUUCCCAACCUUUUUGGACCCACGGCCCGGCGCGUGUUCCCACAAAUCUCCGCGGACGGGGGGGGGGUUCGUAUAGCGAUCUAAUUUACCUCAUUUGGUAUUUAUUGUGUAAAACUAUGACAGGAACAACAUCAAAUUAAAAGCACAAAGUGAAUACAGACCCACCAUCCAGUAUAAGCUUGGAGUUUGUUUAUCAGAGAGACUAUUAUCGCGCCGCUGCUUGACAUGUGUGCUAACAGGCAGUGUGCUAGCAUAAAUUAACUUGAAGCUGUGUGUAACAGGUUUACUUUGGUUAUUGUGGUUCCACUUGUUCUAACAGUGCUUGGAGUAAUGGCUCAAUAGCGCCCUCUCUCACUCGUGGGCUACAGUAAAUAUAGGGCAGAGUGUCAUUUCAGCUUUAGUUCAUCAGUCCUGUGACCCGAGGUGAGUAGAGGAGCGCUCCUCUAUGCAAUUGUAUUGUUAGCUACGAUGCUAAUGUAACUCAUUGUCAUUGUAGUCUGUAAUGAGCCUCACAGUAUUGACCAGUGCACAUUGUCUCACACCAGGAAAUAAACGGUCACUGUCUGCAACAAGCUCCAAGUCUCCUGUUCAUUACCACAAAUAAACACAACGCAGAGCUCAGGAGACCUGCACCACCCAGAGCUACAGUGCCUUCAGCGGGGGUUCCAUGUGUACGGGACAAAUACGCACAUUAACACUCGGUAACGUCAUCAAACUUUACCUUUAUGCAUUCCCACAAAGUAUCAGCAUUUGGGAGCAAAUAUGAAGUGAAAAAACCCGAUUAAAAAUACAAUACACUAAGUCCCCAACCAACGAACACAACUGGUUCCAGACGACCGUUCUUAAGUCGAAUUGUUCUUAAGUAGGAGAAAAGGUAAUAUUACCAAUGAUAUAGGUACUACAUGUACGUGUAUACAUAUACAGUAUAUGUAAAGGUAUGUAAAUAUGAGUUUGGAUGCAGUAGUAAUAUUAAACCAGGAUAAUUAAUGAAAAAAACAAUAAAAGUGAUAUAAUAAAACAUAAUGAUAAAUGUUAUUUACCUUUGAAGAGGAGUGGUCGAGCAUACGUCGUUGUAGAGGAGUUGGAGGAGGAGAUAUUGAAAAAAAGGACAAAUGGUCGUCGUUAGACUCUUCUAAAAGAGGUAGUGUUCUGUGGGUGGUGUAGAAUUAAGCAGGCCUAUUAACUCUUCAUAAACUUUAAUCACACGCUCUGUCCGGGUUGUUGUCAUACAGCUAUGUGAAAGAAAUUGUUUCUAUCGUUGUGAAGGGUUUGUUAUGAAAAUGUACUAAACACUGUUGGAACUGGACAUAAAUUAACCAGCAAUAAUAUUAUCACUCCUAUAUCAUAAUGGUGUUAAAGUGUGUUGCCCUGUAGGAAGGUCAGUUUUAGGAAUGUGACCUAGCAACAGAGAAGAUGCCGACUCAUGGCGCCACCUUGUCUGCUGACUCCAAGGAUGCAGUCGCAUACUAACCGAUGUCCUUCGAGGCUGUGCUGAAAUGUGCUUCAUACCACACAUGUAUUACUGAUACCUGCCACAGAGACGCAUACACAUAGGAAAAGACAAGUACAGUUGUGCAGCUGCGUUGCUCACCCCAUCCCUUAGAGUUGCACAACCUUGUAGAUAGGGAAUACCCAAAUAAAAAGCGAGAGCUCAGAGAACGUAUUCAGAGCGGUUUGGGAAUGCAACUCUGGUGCGUCCAUCUGUUCUCCUCGCAAGAGAAAAGACAAUCUUGGCUGGG